AUGAUUGACAAGGAAAAUGGGACGACCGAUUUUAUUAUCUGUGGCUGUGGCCCAACCGGGCCGAUGUUGUCUGCGUAUCUUGGACAGAUGUCUAUUCCUCACAUUGUGAUUAAGGAGGCUGAAAUCACUGAUGAUCCUCGGGAGAUCACACUAGACAAGGGCUGGACUCGGCUGUUGCGGGGAGUCAGUAUUCAUGAUCACAUUUAUUCGGAUAUUGGGACUUGCAUGCGCAAAUUCAAGUUCAUCGGAGGAACGGGUCAAGUCCUUGACAGAAAGCCUUUCCUAGAAAUUUAUCACAGACGGUUCGCAUUCUCGACCUUCUUUUUCAACUAUGGGGUCUUCCAAAGCUCAUAUAUAUUAACGCAGACCGAAGGCGGCAUUAGCCACAUAGGUUUCAUAUGCCACAAGCAACCGAUCCUUGAGAAACAUCUCAGAUUCUCCAUGACAUCAUCGAGCGUCUGUCAGCUUAGAACCAGUUCCACCAUAACGGACGUCUAUGAGGAAGGGGAUUAUGUUUAUUCACGUCAUCUCGAUGCAGAAGGGAAGAAACACCAUGUGAGGUCUCGCUUCCUGAUUAGUGCCGAUGGAAAGACAGGCUUCGCCCGAAAGAACUUCCUUGAGCUUUUAGGGAUCCACAUAUCUUUCUACGAUAACAUCUGGGUUGCCCUUUACUGGGAAAUUUCACUUCCCACGGAAAGGACGCAUCCCAAAUUUCCACUUUGGAAGCUAGGAUACACCCCUCAGGAAGUGUAUGACCUUUUCUUCCCAGAGGACUUCAGGUUUGUCUGUAGUCCAGAGCGUCCUGUCGUGUGUGGUCGGUUCGGUCUACCAUCUGACAGGCUUUAG